AUGCCAACACUGGACAGUGGGGACCUGGAGAAUUCUGUUCGCAUGAAAGUCGGUUACAAUGGGAGUAUUUUAGUAACCAGCAUCAAAAAUGAUGUCAAGUACUUGGACUUUUGUGCUGAGAUCAAAGACAUUUGCAAAUUUGAUGAUGUUCAGCCAUUCACUGUGAAAUGGCUCGAUGAAGAAGGUGAUCCGUGUACAAUCUCCUCUCAGAUUGAACUGAAUGAAGCCAUCAGGCUGUAUGAGGUCAACAAGGACACAGAACUCAACAUACAUGUGUUCCCCAGUGUUCCAGAAAAACCUGGCAUGCCCUGUGUAGGGGAGGACAGAAACAUGUAUCGGAGAGGAGCCCGUCGGUGGAGGAAAUUAUAUCGAGUCAAUGGACAUCUUUUCCAAGCCAAGAGAUUUUCACGGACAGCUGCAUGUGCAUUUUGCCAGGACAGGAUCUGGGGGCUGGGUCGCCAGGGGUACAAGUGUACAAACUGUAGAGUCACCGUACACAAACGCUGCCAUAAGCUUUACAAAAAGCACUGUGGAACACUGGAGGAUGUCAAAGAGCACCAACCCUGUUCCCAGAAUGGAGAGAGGGGGGCACAAGGAGAAACACAGUCUGUGAAUGGAGAUGGGAAAGGCACAAGGGCUGCUCACACCAGUUACCCUGUGGAGUACGGAAAGGAGGAAAUGAAGGUGGAAGAGUUUGUUGAGACAGCUAAAGUAGAGGCUCCAGUAAAAACUGACAGCGGACAGACAAACCUGGAUCACUUCCAACUGCUGAGGGUCAUAGGUCGAGGCAGCUACGCCAAGGUGCUGCAGGUGGAGCACAAGAAAACCAAGAGGAUCUAUGCCAUGAAGGUCAUCAAGAAGGAGCUGGUCAAUGAUGAUGAGGACAUUGACUGGGUGCAGACAGAGAAACAUGUCUUUGAGGCGGCCACUAAUUACCCCUUCCUGGUGGGCCUUCACUCUUGCUUCCAGACAGAAAGCAGACUGUUCUUUGUCAUUGAGUUUGUGAACGGAGGGGAUCUAAUGUACCACAUGCAGAGACAAAGGCGGCUUCCAGAAGAACAUGCACGAUUUUAUGCUGCUGAAAUUUGCCUGGCAUUGAACUUCCUCCAUGUGCGGGGUAUUGUCUACAGGGACCUGAAACUGGACAAUGUCCUGCUAGAUGCUGAGGGACACAUCAAACUCACUGACUACGGGAUGUGUAAGGAAGGGUUAAAGCCAGGCGAUACAACAGGGACAUUUUGUGGGACACCAAACUACAUUGCACCGGAAAUAUUAAGGGGAGAGGAGUAUGAUUUCAGCGUGGACUGGUGGGCACUGGGUGUCCUGAUGUACGAGAUGUUGGCUGGGAGGUCACCCUUCGAUGCUGUAGGAAACGCUGACAACCCAGACCAGAACACAGAGGACUACCUCUUUCAAAUCAUCUUGGAAAAACCUAUCAGAAUUCCCCGAUCUCUGUCUGUCAAAGCUGCUGCGUUGCUGAAAGGAUUUUUAAAUAAGGUACCAGCGGAACGCUUAGGGUGCCACCCUCAAACUGGGUUUUCUGAUAUCCAGUCUCAUCCAUUUUUCCGAUCCAUUGACUGGAUACUGCUUGAAGAGAAGCAGAUUAUUCCCCCGUACAAGCCUCACAUUGAAAAUGAGCGAGACCUGGAACAUUUUGACCCCGCAUUCACAAAUGAACCGGUUCGGCUGACUCCUGAUGAUCCGAAAACCAUUGGCAGUAUUGACCAGUCAGAGUUUGAAGGGUUUGAGUAUGUGAAUCCUCUCCUGAUGUCCAUGGUGGACUGUGUCUGA